UCUUCUUCUUCAAAUACGGGGAUGAUAUUUUCAGACUCUUUCCGUUCUCUCUCUCUAAGCAAUCAAAACCCUAAUUCAAACCCUAAUCCCCAUCUUAUCCGUUCCUCCUCCUCCUCCUCUUCUUCUUCUCUAGACUUCCCUCUUAUGAUCACCACUACCAGCUCUCACAACCAAGAAGACGAUGAAGACGAAGAAGAACAAGAAGAACUUGAUCUUAACCUUGGUAGUGGUGCAGGUUGCACCUUCAACAAUGGUAAAAUGAUCAAACCAACCAAGACUUGUGCAAGAGGCCAUUGGAGACCAGCUGAAGAUGCUAAACUCAAGGAGCUUGUGGCUCUUUAUGGUCCUCAGAACUGGAACCUUAUCGCUGAGAAACUAGAAGGAAGAUCAGGGAAGAGUUGCAGGUUGAGAUGGUUUAACCAAUUAGACCCAAGAAUUAACAGAAAAGCUUUCACUGAUGAAGAAGAAGAGAGGCUGAUGACUGCUCACAGAAUGUACGGUAACAAAUGGGCAUUGAUUGCAAGGCUUUUCCCUGGUAGAACUGAUAAUGCCGUCAAGAAUCAUUGGCAUGUAAUCAUGGCUAGAAAGUAUAGAGAACAGUCGAAUGCUCAUAGGAAGAGAAGAAUGUUCAUCACUCAAACUGGUUCAGGAUCCGACACUCCUUCUGCCACUCCACCACCACCCCCGCCGCCGCAGAUCUUAAUCCCCACCGAUGCUCCUCCAACUUACAAUGGGAUGUUCCAUCAACAGCCACCCCUUGGUUUUAUCUCCGGUGGCAAGAACAACAAUCAAAUGAUGAUGAUGAUGAUGGAUCACAUCUUCAGCAGCAAGAACAAAUGUUGGGACACGUUAUCAUCAUCACCAUCAUCAAACACAUCAUGGAUGAUGGGUUACCACAGUAGCAGCAGCCCCUUCUCAUCAGUUGCAGAUAAUUCCGCCAUUGGUACUACUCAUUCAGUAACGACAGUAACACCACCACCACAAGUUUUACAAAGCCAGCAGUUUUCUGAGGCUAAUAUUGACAUUUCACCCCCACUUAUAGACUUUCUUGGAGUUGGAGCCACAUGA